AUGAUUGACAACACAAUAUGCACGGGACUGUGGAUGUAUCUGUAUCGCUAUAUCUAUGAUUCAGGCAGCGGGACACCGGUGACAAUGCGAGUGGAUGCCAAGGGCUUCUUUCUCUAUUGGGUGGAUCAAAACAAUGAGCUCGACAUCCUAGACAUUGCCACGAUUCGGGAUGUGCGCACAGGACAGUACGCCAAAAAGCCAAAAGACGCCAAGUUGCGGCAGAUUGUGACGAUGGGGCCACAGGACACACUCGAGGAGAAGACCGUCACCAUUUGCCAUGGCUCCGAUUUUGUCAACAUGACAUUUGUCAACUUCUGCUGCACACGACGGGACAUUGCCCAGAUCUGGACGGACGGGCUCAUCAAAUUGGCCUAUAGUCUGGCCCAGCUGAACGGCUCGGCGAUUAUGUUCCUGCAGAAGGCGCACACAAAACUCUGUCUGCAGGUGGACAAAAGCGGACGCAUCCCAGUCAAAAACAUCAUUAAACUUUUUGCGCAAAAUAAAGAGGAUCGGAAACGUGUCGAGAAGGCGCUGGACGUGACCGGGCUGCCGUCGGGCAAGGUCGAUAGCAUAUCGGUGUCGAAAUUUCAAUUUGAGGACUUUUAUAAUUUGUACAAAUAUCUGACGCAGCGCUCUGAGGUGGAGCGUCUAUUCGAUAGCAUCGUGGGCAACGCGAAGCGCAAAUGCAUGUCCGUGGCGCAGCUGGUGGAGUUCCUUAACAAAACGCAACGCGAUCCGCGCCUCAACGAGAUUCUCUAUCCCUAUGCGAAUAAUGCGCGCGCCAAGGAGCUGAUCCAGCAAUACGAGCCCAACAAGUUCAACGCGCAAAAGGGCCACCUUAGUUUGGAUGGCUUUUUGAGAUAUCUAAUGGGCGACGAUAAUCCCAUAAUGGCGCCCAACAAGCUUGAUCUCUGCGAUGAUAUGGAUCAGCCGAUGUCGCAUUACUUCAUCAACUCCUCGCACAACACCUACCUAACGGGUCAUCAGCUGACGGGCAAGUCAUCUGUGGAGAUAUACAGGCAAUGCCUGCUCGCUGGCUGCAGAUGCGUUGAGCUGGACUUUUGGAAUGGACGCACCGAGGAGCCGGUAAUUGUGCACGGCUAUACGUUUGUGCCCGAAAUCUAUGCCAAGGACGUGCUGGAGGCCAUCGCGGAGAGCGCAUUUAAAACAUCCGAAUACCCUGUGAUAUUGAGCUUCGAGAAUCACUGCAAUCCCAGGCAACAGGCAAAGAUUGCGAACUAUUGCCGUGAGAUCUUUGGCGAUAUGCUGUUGGAUAAGCCGCUCGAUUCGCAUCCGCUGGAGCCGAAUGUGGAUUUGCCGCCGCCCUCGAUGCUGCGGCGCAAGAUCAUCAUCAAGAACAAGAAGAAGCAUCAUCACCAUCAUCAUCAUCAUCACAAGAAGGGGCAGGGCACACCAGCUGCCGGCAAUAAACUAACGACGGCGAACUCAGUUGACGCCGCGGCCAAGGCGGCAACAGCGGCGGCAGCCGCUGCCAAUGCACAACAAGUGGCUGCCGCAGCGCAGGACGAGGCUGGCGCUGGAGCCGGACGGACACUGACAGGCGCCGCAAAUGGUGACAUUGUGAGCGGUGCUGGUGGAGGACAUGCGCCGCCAUUGCAACAAAUCCGCCAGAGCUCAAAGGAUAGCACCGGCUCCUCGGACUCGGACAGCUCUAGCGAUGAUGAAUCCCUGCCCAACACAACGCCCAGUCUGCCCAGCGGCAAUGAGCCGCCGCCGGACAAGGCCCAGAAGGAGACGGAAGCAGGUGCCGAGAUCUCAGCGCUGGUGAACUACGUGCAGCCCAUACACUUCAGCUCCUUUGAGAAUGCCGAGAAGAAGAACCGCUGCUACGAGAUGUCCUCGUUCGAUGAGAAGCAGGCGACAACUUUGCUGAAGGAGCGACCCAUUGAGUUUGUCAACUACAACAAGCACCAGUUGUCCCGGGUGUAUCCGGCGGGCACGCGCUUCGACAGCUCCAACUUCAUGCCGCAGCUGUUCUGGAACGCUGGCUGCCAGCUGGUGGCGCUGAACUUCCAGACCCUGGACCUGGCCAUGCAGCUGAAUCUGGGCAUCUUCGAGUACAACGCACGCUGCGGUUAUUUGCUAAAGCCGGAGUUUAUGCGGCGCUCCGAUCGCCGGCUCGACCCGUUUGCCGAGAGCACCGUCGAUGGCAUCAUUGCUGGCACCGUGUCCAUCACCGUGCUGUCCGGCCAGUUUCUGACGGACAAGCGCGUGAACACCUUCGUCGAGGUGGACAUGUACGGCCUGCCGGCGGACACCGUGCGCAAGAAGUUCCGCACCAAGACGGUGCGCGACAACGGCAUGAAUCCCUUCUACGACGAGGAGCCGUUCGUCUUCAAGAAGGUGGUCCUGCCGGAGCUGGCCAGCAUACGGCUCGCCGCCUACGAGGAGGGCGGCAAGCUAAUUGGCCACCGGGUGCUGCCCGUGAUCGGCCUCUGUCCGGGCUAUCGGCACGUGAAUCUGCGCUCUGAGGUGGGCCAGCCCAUCGGGCUCGCCUCGCUAUUCCUGUGCGUCGUCGUCAAGGACUAUGUGCCCGACGAUCUAUCCAAUUUCGCCGAGGCCCUGGCCAAUCCCAUCAAGUACCAGAGCGAGCUGGAGAAGCGCGACAUACAGCUCUCGGUGCUGACGGAUGAGACGGACGCGGUGGCCAAUGCCGAUGAGGAUCUGUCCAAGUCAUUCGUUUUCGUCCAAGUAGGUGGCCAAAAGAAGGAGCUGCGUCCGGUUGAGUCGCUAGCCACCUCGCCCAAGCAUCGGGCGAGCAUUUCCAUAAUAACCUCCAGCAGUCUGGAGCAGCCGACGGAUCGGCCCGAUGGGGGACGCAACGAGGACAACGUCUCGAUCGUGACAUCGGGCAUACAGCAUCAGCACUCGCUGGACCAGUCGGUGAGCACGUCCAUCAGGCAGGUGGAGUCCUCGCAGUUCGAUGUGGACCUGGUGAUAGCCGAGCCGCUGGAGAAGAUACUCGAGCACAAGUCGGUGCGCGAGAAGCGGCUGGAGAUGGAGAAGAAGCUGGAGUCGCUGCGCAAGAAGCACGACAAGGAGAAGCUGAAGAUCGCCGGCCAGAAGCUCAGCCCCCUCGACGGGGGCAAGAAGCCCAAAUUCACCAUCACCAACAAGCUGGUUAAGCGUCUCAGCAACAAGAGCCUUGAGCCGGGCGUCGAGGUGCCGCCGUGCCCGCUCGAUCUGGGCGACAGCAGCGAGGAGAGCGCCGGCGCCGGGGAGCUGGGCGACGAGGCCGCCUCCUGCAGCCUGGAGGGCUCCCAGGAGUCGCGUCUGCGCUACGCCUGCCGCGAGUACACCACACAGUAUCGCGAGCUGCAGGAGAAGUAUCACGAGGCCAUCUACUCGGCCGCCGAGAAGGUGCUAAAGAACUCGCAGGCCAGCCAAACCAAACAGCUGAAGGCGUCCCUCGACAAGGUCACCGGCGAGGUGAUGCACCAGCUGCAGGAGGCGCGACGCAAUGAGGUCAAGAAUCUGGCCACCGUGCACAGAGAUCGCGAUGAGCUGGUCAGAAUGAAGCGAGAGGUGGCCAGCUCUGUGGUGGAGCGCGGCGUGGCGGAGCGCAUGCGGCUCAAGCAAACAUUCGACAAGCGCACGGAUGAUCUGCAGAAGCAGCACGAGGCGGUGCGCAAUGCUCUAGCCGAGCAUCGCCUGAAGGCACGUCAAAUACUCGACAAGGAGGCAGAAUCUCGUUGCUGCGUCUCGAACAGCGGCUUCCUGGUGCUCUUCCAUGGACCGCAUCAUCAUGGCUGCGCGUCCGGCGGAGCGGGAGCAGGCGCCGCUGUUAGCAGCCUGUCGGCGCCCAGCUCUGGCAAUAAUCUCACAUUGAAUUUGGACGGCAGGGGAGCGAUGGGCAGUGGAGCCGCUGGACUGGCCAUAUCGCCAGCCAAGUCGCACAACAGCAUUACGGCGGAGAUGAAGACGUAAAAUGCACGACAACAAUAAAGAAAAAAACAGAAUAAUAAGAACAAAACACAAAUACAAAUAAAAUACGAUCGAAAAGUAGCACAAUUUGUUCUUCAGUUUUCAGUAUUCGCGGAAGUUGUGUGAAAAA